AUGAAAGAAUCUUCCGAUGGUCGAGAGCUAUCCCAUGCGGACUACUGGGACGACCGCUACGCCAAUGCCCAUGGCCACGAAUGGUUCAAGACGUUCGCCGCAUUAAGACCUUUCUUCGAGCGACAGCUGAUUUCACAGCGUCCACAAGACUCACGGAUUCUUCACCUGGGAUCGGGAGACAGCACGAUACCCGUUGACCUCGCCCGACUCGGCUUCCGCAACCAGCUGUGCGUGGACUUUUCCAAGGUCGUGGUGGACAUGAUGAAUACAGCCGAAGCCAGACAGCUGAGCAUUGAGUGGCGGCAGGGAGAUGUGCGAGACCUUGUCGAUCUGUCGGAUGGAUGCAUCGAUGUGGCGUUCGACAAAGGCACGCUGGACGCCAUGAUCAACGGCAGUCCCUGGAGUCCUCCCGAUGACGUGCUGGAGAACACUCGAAAGUAUAUGGAUGAGGUGCUAAGGGUUCUCAAGGACGAUGGUGUAUUCUUGUAUAUCACGUUUCGGCAGCCGCACUUUGUGAAACCUUUGCUUAAUUACGGUGACCAGUGGGAACUGGAGAUGGAGGUGCUGCAGGACGACCCGAAUGCUUUCGAUUACCAUGCCUUCAUCCUGCGGAAGACGGCGAGAAAGGAUUGA